AUGAGCUCGGGACCUGAUUGUGCCAUUGAAGUCGCAGCGGCAUCUUUGUCGAACCCAGGUACAGUCGUGGAUGUCGUGGAGAUGGUCUUCGUGCUAGAAGACGAGUUGGAUUCCUCGGCCUUUGGGAGGGUAGGCGCGAAGGCUUCUUUUAACCUCUGCUUCUGCGUCGGACUUAGUUCCAAAAGUGAUAACUUCGUGAAUAAUUCUUGGUUUCUUCAGCGUAGAAAUGAAAGAUUCCCAUCUAUCCUCAGGGUUUUCAUGAAUUUCACUAGUGCUCCUGGCAAAUUCGUCCACAACCUCUUCAUCUGUAGAUCUGUCGCUUUCUCUGACUUUCGACACAAUGCGCUCAUCACGUUGAUCAACAUUGUCCAACUUACGGCACUCGUCCAGACCAGCGCAACUCCAGAAAAUUGA